UCUCUCCCUCUCCCUCUCUCUCUCUCUCUCUAUGAAGAGCGGCGAGGCGGUGGUGUUGAACGCUAACUACCACGACACUUCUCCAUAUCGGUGGGGCGGGAAGAGCGAUAUCGACCUUGCUGUGGAUGAGAACGGACUGUGGGUCAUCUACUCAACUGAAGCCAACAAUGGACGUAUAGUUGUCAGUCAGGUAAACCCUUACACCCUGCGUUUCGAGGGUACGUGGGCGACCAGCUUCGAUAAGCGCGGGGCGAGCAACGCCUUCAUGGCGUGCGGCGUGCUGUACGCGGUGCGCUCCGUCUUCCAAGACGACGAGGGACAGACAGACAGAGGAGGAGGAGGUGGAGGGGAUAUGGUGUUAUAUGCGUUUGACACCAGUAGAGGGCGAGAGGUGCCGGUCCAGAUCCCCUUCCCUAACCCCUACCAGUAUAUAUCAUCUAUAGACUACAACCCACGGGACAACCAGCUGUAUGUGUGGAAUAACUACUACGUGCUGAGAUACCCUCUGCAGUUCAGACCACCCCAGCCUACCAAAGGUCCUCUCUCAUCUCUAAUGACUACAGUGGGGUCCUACACAGCCACCGUAGCGCUGACCCCAGUACGACCUUCAGCCUCCAAUCCCAUCGGGGUCAUCAACCGGAGUCCGGACUUGCGGCCAAUCACGGCCAUGGUCCCGCUGACCCCCCACCCCCCCCACCGUGCCCCCAUCGCCCCGGGGGGGUCCUACGGGGGGCAGGUUGGGGUGUGUGAGGGGAGGGUGACCAGAGGGGUACAGUGGCCCCCUACACCUAAAGGAGAGAUGGUGGAGAGACCAUGUCCCAAAGGAUCACUGGGUAUAGCAUCGUACCAGUGUGUGUUGUCCCCGGUAACCUGGAACUCCAGAGGGCCUGACCUCAGUAACUGUACCUCCCCCUGGGUCAGUCAGAUAGCACAGAAGAUAAAGAGUGGGGAGAAUGCAGCUAACAUCGCUGGUGAGUUAGUAAACCUGACGAGGGGGCGGGUCUACGCCGGUGAUGUCAGCAUGUCAGUCAAACUUCUAGAGCAGCUGUUGGACAUCCUGGAUUCUCAGCUUCAGGCCCUACGACCAGCCAACAAGGAAUCUGCUGCACGCAACUACAACAAGUUGCAGAAGAGGGAACGCACCUGUAGAGCUUAUGUCCAGGCGGUGGUUCAGGUAGUUGAUAACCUGUUGGGCCCUGAAGCUCUAGUCUCCUGGGCUGAUAUGAGGACCACUGACCAAUCACGCUCUGCCUCGCUGCUAUUGGACGCCAUGGAGAAAGGAGCCUUUCUGUUGGCUAACAACAUCUACGAGGGGCGAUUCAGCGACAGAGCGCCCAAUGUCGAUCUAGAGGUGUAUGUAUUGAACACAGAGGCAGACCUACAGGACCUGACGUUCCCUCACUCCUAUGACAGUGACAGUGUUCUACAGCUCUCAACUGCUACUCUACAGCAGUACAGCAGCAAUGGCCAGGUGAAGAUAGUUCUAUCUCUGUAUAAGAACCUUGGAUCCUUCCUGACCACUAACAACUCCUCGUUGAGGUUGGAGGCGGGGUUUGUGAUUGGCGGUGGCAGGAGCUUGGCGGUGAAUUCUCACGUGAUCUCGGCUUCUGUCAACAAAGGUUCCAACCGAGUAUUCCUCUCUGAACCGGUCGUCUUCACUCUGCGACACCUACAGGUGGAGAACCACUUCAGCCCCAACUGUUCGUUCUGGAACUCCACGGGGUCGGGGGGGUCAGCAUCGGGGUCGUCGGGGGGUCGUUGGUCAUCCCAGGGGUGUAAACGGAUACACACCAACAACACACACACCACCUGCGCCUGUAACCAUCUGUCAACCUAUGCUGUCCUGAUGACCUACCACCAACCUGCUUCUGUAGAUGGGAUACAGGAGGUUCUGGUCUACGUAGUGUCCUGGGUAGGUAUAUCUGUAGCCCUGGUGUGCCUUGCAGCCUGCAGUACCCUACUGUGUUGCCAGGGGGCGCCACAGUCAGACCACAGCACCAUACACAGGAAUCUGUGGGGCAACCUCUUCAUCACCGAACUCAUCUUCCUCAUUGGGGUAGAUAAGACACAGUACAGCGUAGCGUGUCCAGUCUUUGCCGGUCUGCUCCAUUUCUCCCUGCUCUCUGUGUUCUGUUGGUUAUGCCUGGAGGCAGUGGAACUCUACUUACUGCAGGGGGAGCUCUUUGAAGGACGGACCUCUAGGAGGAAGUACUUCUAUCUCUGCGGCUACUUCCUGCCAGGGGUGGUCGUGGCCGUCUCCGCUGCCAUCGACUACAGGGGCUACGGCACCCGGACUGUGUGUUGGCUGCAGAUGGACAACUACUUCAUCUGGAGUUUCCUGGGUCCUGUAUCUGUCAUUAUAAUGCUGAACCUGGUGGUCUUGGUGAUGACUCUUCACAAGAUGGUGCACAGCUCCUCCGCCCUCAAACCCGACUCCAGUCGUCACGACAACCUCAGAGCGUGGACUGUGGGUUCGCUCACCCUCCUCUUCCUCCUGGUGGUGACCUGGUCUCUGGGGCUCGUCUUCCUCUCAUCUCCCUCUCUCCUCCUCUCCUACCUCUUCUCCUCCCUUAACACGGCCCAGGCUCUACUCAUCACAAUACUGUUCUGUACACUCACUAGGAAGGGCCAUAAGGACUAUGGGAAGUGUGUGCGUCACUCCCAAUGCUGUGACUGUUCCUCCACCACCAGUUCACCUGGCUCUGUGAAGGGCGCCGCCCUACGGGCCAACAGCCGCUACUGCAGUGCCAACCAGGCACGCAGGGCUACUGCUAACAGACAGAGUCGCAUUAGGAGGAUGUGGAACGAUACAGUGCGCAGACAGACUGAGUCUUCCUUCAUAGCUGCUGAUGUCAACACCACACCUACACUCAACAGAGUUGGCCUGGGUAACCAUUUCCUGACUAACCCAGUGUUACAGACUCACCCUAGAGUCUCUCCUUAUGACAGCCUACUGGCUCAGGGCUACAGCCAGCCCUCCCCUGGCCUCUUCACCUCUACUGGGACCUUCAGAGACAUACAGAAAGGUGACGUCCUGUCCCAGAGCCAGGAGAUGGACAGUGUUUGUCUGAACGGAGGCUACAGCACCAACAGCUUCACCCUGCAGGGUCUAGGUGGGGGUGGUGGGGGGCCUCGGUCCGGGGUGGGUGGCAGCACAGACCUCCUCAGGGAAGGAGGAGGAGGGGGGGAGGACGCCUCCCCCGCCCCCCUCACCCCCCACGCCGCCGUGGGUCUGGGGGUGGAGCCUCACGGAGGCGGAAUGCGGAAGAACCUAUCGGACGCGACGGUCCUGGAGAACAUGAUCAUCUCAGAGCUGGUUCAGAGCAACUUGAGGCCGGCUGCAGCCGCGGAGCGCUACGGCAGCCUGGCACGCCCCCUGGACCGACUGACACGCCCACAGCCCUCCGCCCACGAGAGUUGGACGGUAGCUCGGGUGUCGACGCACACACAUGACCAAGAUCCGACACACGCGCACACGCACCAGGACGGCUGGACGCACACACCUCGUCCUCUGCAGGACGUGCCGACGCCCACACCCCGUCCUCUGCAGGACGUGCCGACACACACACCUCGUCCUCUGCAGGACGUGCCGACACACACACCUCGUCCUCUGCAGGACGUGCCGACACACACACGCCAGGAGGAGAGCAACAGGAGCCAGCUGCAGCUGGGGGGCGGGACCCUCUCCCGUAGACUCCUCCUCCAGGACAGACAGACACGUCCCCAGGAGGUGUCGCUGCAGAUGCAGACUGCACGCCCACAUUCCACGUUGUCGCGGCAACAGCAGCAGGGCGGAGGGGGAACGCUGUCCCGUCACCGCAGCGGGGGUGUUGAGCCGGGCUGCGCGGUGGGUUCGGAGAGGGACCGUUACCGGCAGAGGCCGCUUCCUCCACCCCCUCCUCCUCCGCCUCUGGAGACAGAACCCCUGUAUAAAGCCCUGGAGGAUCCCCUUCUCUAUGACCCCAGGGAUGGAGGGGUGGAGGGGUGGAAGGAGAGAGGGCUCUACACCCGAAACUCACCCCCGCCACCACGAUUCUACACCCGUGAAUCUCCGCCCCUACUCCUGUCGUCCUAUCCUGACAGCAGCCCCGAAGGUCAACCAGAGGUUAGCCCCACCCCUCGACCCCACCGACCCCCUCUGGAAGUCCCCUACAGCCUGGGACGACCCCCUCUGGGCCCCAGGCCUAAUCACAUGCAGACUUUUUACCAGCCCCCAGCCCUCACACCCCUCACGGCUAAUGGGGAGUUGGUUUACACAGAGCCCGCCAGCGAGGACGAUGAAGGACAGAUGCAACGGGUGACGAGUCUGUGA